CCUAACAACAUCUCAUCUCCCAUCUCACCUUCCUUCACUCCAUUCACACCAUGGCCACCGAUGCCGGGCGCAGCAUGCUCGACAACGGCUGGUGGUCAAAGUUCACGAGCGACGCAAACGAUUACGACCUCGGAGGUCCUGUCGGUUUCGGAGCAUCAUCUACCGUCUAUGCCGCAGCCUUCAACGUCCCCAACUCGUCCAGCGGCGAGUGGCGCGAGUGCGCCGUCAAGGUGUCCAGUGCAAGCAGCGACCUGAUGCUUCUGUCCAGGGAAGCACGGCUGCUAUCGCUAUGUCGUCACCCGAAUGUGCUCCGCGUGCUAGCAACGUUUACCCUGCCGCCAGAUCACGCGCGCGUCGCGAUAGUUACUCCACUCAUUCAUGGUGGAAGCUUGGCAGGAAUUCUCGACUGGCGCGCUUGCACGCCGUCCAAACGUCGGCCCGCAGGCUCCCAUGGCUUCAACGAAGACGAGGUCAAGGCCAUCACCAAGCAGGUGCUUGACGGGCUGACGUAUUUACAUCAGAACGGGUUCCUGCACCGUGACUUGAAGGCUGGCAACUUCCUCAUCCAGCCCGACGGCACAGUCCUCCUCGCCGACUUUGGCGUAGGCGGAGACGUCAACCUUCCUCCCACUUCAGCAGUGGCGCAGCCGCCGUCCGUUGAGGCCGUGCGUUUUGAUCACCCGAGACAGUUGAUCAUUCCGACAACGGCUGAUCCCGCCCCACCAGUGUUGGUGCGCGAGAUUGGCAAGCGCCAAAGCUUCGUUGGGACUCCAUGCUGGAUGUCGCCGGAGGUCAUCCUCGGCCGGCCAUACGAUGCAAAGGCCGAUAUUUGGAGUCUGGGCGUCACCCUCAUCGAGCUCGCGAGUGGCUCGCCUCCGUUGAGCGGGAAGCCUUCCGACAUUCUCUCGGCGACCGCCUCCGGAAGCGCUCGCCCAUCCCUGGGACCCGGUUUCAGCAAACACAUGCACGACUUUGUGGACUCGUGCCUGCAGCAGGACCCGCGGAAACGGCCCACUGCAUCGAAGCUGGCCGAGCAUCCCUGGUUGCGAGGCGCGAAGAAGCCUUCCUUCCUUGCGGAGUCAAUUCUUGGAGAUUUGCCACCAGUCAACCACCGACAGGAGCUGCGGCGUGUCUCCACCAUGACAUCUAUCGUCAGUGGCGCCCCCUCAUGGGACUUCAGCUUCUCGGUCCCGCCGUCGCCGAUAGCCCGGUUCGCGUCGCCAAGUGUGGCGUCCUUGGCAGCCGCUGCUGGUGGCGCGGCCGGCUCGCCCACCAUUGAGCUUCCCCCAUCACACUCAUUCAGAUCUCGUUCCCAGUCGCGAGCGAGCUCUCGUGGCCCCGGGUCGCCCAGAAUCAGUCUACACCAGUGGGCCGAACGCACCACAUCGGGGUACUUCGAAUCAUUGCCACCUACCCCCACCGAGGCGUCAUCCGGCUAUGGUUCGGGCUUUAGCGGCGGGUUUGUCUGGCCCAGUCCUCGUCGGUCGACCGCGGAUCGACCUCGUUCCGGGACUGCUGCGGCGGGACCGCUAACGACGAGAGUUGUGCGCAGAGGGAAGAGCUCUUCUUUCCACGACGCCGAAGGGCCCGCCGGACUUGGCUUCCCCCUUCACACAGGUGGCAAUGUCCUAGGCACCCCCGUUAGACAGGUUUCGGAGUCGCCUUUGCGACUCACGACCACCCUUGAGCCCGAAGAAUCCUCAACGUGCUCAGACCUGUCUGAAUCUGCCCCGACACCGCCCGCAACGGCUAGCACAUCAUCGCACAACACCGGACACGCCCUGUUCACACCACAGCAAGGCUCGCCAGACUUUGGCGCCAUCAAUAUCGACAGCGACGCAUUGCACAUGUCGAUUGGCCGUGGGCGCCGUCCGAGUGAGCUCAAGGCUGAGCGGCCGCAUCUCCUGGUGCCGCCGCUUGACCACACUUUCGUGCUGGAGAUGCCGCCGUCCCGCGACGGCCGCACGCCCACCGGCGUUGACAUGGCGCGCAGCUUGUCGAGCGGGAACGGCAGCGGCGCGGGCAGUACCAUGAGCGGUAGUGGAACGCCGAUGGCUCGCAGCCUCUCUAAAGGCGAGAAGCACAGCUGGCUGCACUUUAAGAACGAUCGCAAGGAUGUUCUGAAAGACAAGGAGAAGGACAAGGAGCACUCGUUCCUUGGCUCAUUGAUGGCUCGUAGAUCGAGCAAGAAGGCCAAGUAGUGGGCGUUGAGUGGAGGAGCAUAGGAGAGGAAACAAGUCCUCCAUGUAGCGUUGUACUUAUGCCUUGAGCAUGUUUUUUAUGAAAGUUACGAACACA